UUUACGGGGCGGAGAGAUCCACCCGGCCUGCACCGCCUCGUCCGAUCAUUCCCACUUCCCCGCCGAAGCCUAGGCUGGGCUUCCGCCUCCCGGCCUGAGGCACCCGCACCGCACCGUUUCCCCCGGGCUUUCCGGGAUCCGAGUUUGUAGUGCCUUUAAAGGGUCCCAAUUGCCCUUUGCCGGGUUCUGCUGAACGGAAGUGGGGGUCCUGGACUUCGGUCUCAGACCGUGGUGAUUGAAAUGGCUUGCGUUCGGAUCCGAGAGGCCAUAGAGGAAGACUGUGGAACUAUCCUGAGGCUGAUUCGGGAACUAGCUGAGUACGAGAAACUCUCGGAUCAGGUGAAGAUAAGUGAAGAAGCCCUGAGAGCAGAUGGAUUUGGAAAGAAUCCUUUCUAUCACUGUUUGGUAGCAGAAGUUCUUCCUGCCCCCGGAGAGCCACAGGGGCCCUAUGUGGUGGGCUAUGGGCUGUACUACUUCAUCUAUAGCACAUGGAAGGGACGCAACGUUUAUCUGGAAGACAUCUACGUGCAGCCGGAAUAUUGGGGUAAUGGGCAGAGGCUGAGGCUGGACUGGGAGAAAAGCAACCCGGAGACCCAACCACUCCCUGUGCCCCCUAAGCCCAGCCUAUGGCCUUUUCUGAUCCCCAUCAACUCAAACAAUCUCUCUUUUUGCCUCUUUUUCCCACCAACAGGCCAGGGAGUUGGUUCUAAAAUAAUCAAAAAGGUGGCUGAGAGAAAGUGAGUGAUGACUUCUACCACAGGUGGCCCUGGAUAAGGGCUGCUCCCAGUUCCGCCUUGCAGUUCUGGACUGGAACAAGAGAGCCACGGACUUGUACAAGGCCCUAGGAGCCCAAGAUCUGACUGAAGCUGAGGGCUGGCACUCCUUUCGCUUCGAAGGAGAAGCGAUGAGGAAAUUAGCAGGAAAAUGAUGCCAUCCCUCUAAGGAUCUGUCUGUCUGAGCUUCUCCUUCCCCACCAACUCAAGAACUCCUUAGAGACUGUCUGUACUGACAAAGGGCUCUCUGAAGGAAGGAGGGUUAAGAAUGAUUAUUCCCCAAAUAUGGAAAGAGCAGAAUUGAGGGAGAGGCCUUCCCACCUCCUUGUUGAGGGUGAACAAUAAACAAGAAUUAUUAUGUCCUGAUGUGUUGAGUAGAGCAGUUGAUACUGAGAUAAGCAUCAGCUACUUUAUGGUGCUUCCUGAGUGUUCUGGUCAGUGGAUGUUGCUCCUAAGGGUAAAGGUGAGCCCAGGAUGACUUUCACUCUCAGUAGGCUAGAAUCUUGGCUCUGGCUGGUGGAAUUUAAAGAGCAGCGAGAGGCCAGCUUGGCACAUCAGGCCUAUUGGUCAGGUUUGGGACCCAGACAAAGGCCUCCAAUGUUUGGACUUAGUUAUUCCCAGAUCCAUGAUUGAGGCGGGCCUGCCACCUCCAAAGAUGGAGCAGGCUGUCAUCUGUUGAUGGCAUUUCAGGGGCACUGGGAAUGACCACUUGCCCCAAAUCAGCUCAGUUAGCUAGUACUUUUCAAACACUACAAAGUUAUAAAGUCUUUAUUUUCAGUUCUGCAAAACUAAAACAAACUUUCAGGACCCAUGGCAACAAGUAGGGAAACGGGCUCAUUUCCUACUUUCAUAGUAUUUUGUUACUCAAGUAAUGCAAGUCUGUUGUAGAAAAAUCAGGCAGUACUUAUAAAAUAGAAUCAAUAGUCUUACACAACUCCUAUGUUAACCUUUGGUAUCAAUUCUCUGCAUUUUUUUCAAUGUACAUGUAUAUAUAAUUGAGUAGGGGCUCAUGGAAUGAUACUCUUUUGUAACCUGUUUUUUUCAUUUAACAGUUUAUCAGAAACACCAUCCCAUGCUAUUAAACAUACAUUUGUCAUCACU